UUGGGACUCUUGACUCCUGCGCUUGUUUGCACUGCUUGCCUUGUCGAGGUUAGAAGAGUUUUUGUGUUCGGCGCAGCCUUCUCCAGCGUUUUUGCAUCAAUUUCGAUCAUUGAGUGAGGUCGAGAAGAACUAGUCCGGGAGACAUGAGGCGGGCGGUGGUGCAGCGCCUAGCGCGUGUUGCGACUUAUCGUGGGCCUUCACAUGGACUAGGGAGCUUUGCAGCUACUGAGGAGUUAGCCACUUCGGGUUCUCCAGCGUGUGCAGCAUUUCACAGGGAUGAUCAAGCGGCUUUCGGUGUCCGGUGUUACUCUACCGGUCAGAAUGCAGCGGUUCAUGCAAUGCGUAACUAUGCUAACAGCAUCUAUGAAUAUAACAAGGUCCUAGACGAACUGAAUUAUAGCAAGCGGUCGUACUUGAUGCGGGAUGUGUAUGAAGAUAUGCAACUGGAUGGAGUACGGCCAAUCCGCAACACUUUCCACACUCUAAUCACUGGUUGCAUGAAAAGUCAAAGACUGCAGGAUGCUGUUUAUUUUUUUGAUGAAAUGAAAGCCAUGGGUCUUCAACCUGAUAUUGUGCUCUACAACUGUAUUAUCUCAACAUGUGGACAAGCCAACCAAAUUGAACGUGCUUUUCAGGUGGCAGCAGAGAUGGAAGCAACUGGGAUCAAGCCAACCGAUCGCACUUUCCUUGCUUUGUUGAAUGCGUGCGGCACAGCUGGUCGGGUAGAAGAAGCUUAUGGUGUGGUGCAGAGGAUGGCAGCAUAUGGCUUGACCCUAAACAGCUCAUGCUAUGCUGCGCUUAUUCAAGCUCAUAAGAACAGCCGCCCCAUCAAUCAAACGACAUUUCAGAAGAUAUUUGAACUUCUGGAGAAGUCAAAGGGUGCCGACGCAGUGGCAGGUGAUGGAGAAGGUCGAGAUGAUUUCGAGGAAGAGCUGGCAAAUCUUGUGACGGGAGGAGGUCUUCAGCCUACCCGAAGUUAUGUCAAUCGUCGACUCAAUGUCUAUUACUCUGCACUGCGGGCUUGUGGAGCGUUGGGAAACAUUGAGGCAGUGGAGAGGAUUAUUGAAAUGCUUAAGAAUGAUAAACAUCAAGUCGAUGCUACCUGUAUAGCUGAACUUGUCAAGGCUUACAUUGGGCGUGGUCAAAUGGAGAAAGCUGUUCAAGUUAUGAAUGAGUACAUUGAUUCUGGCAAGAAUCCGUCAUUAAGUCUUUUUGUUACAUUGAUAGAAAGGUGCCUCCAACAGCGGACCCCGGCCAACAUGGCAGCUGCCAGAAAGCUUCUGGAUCGAAUGGAUGAAAAGGGAUUCUUCUUGAACACGGCUAUUGGAUCCAACUUCCUCUUCCUGGCUUCAUUGGAUAUGGUAGGAGACUUUUCUACUGCAAAUACAAUUUGGGAUAUGAUGCAUAAGCGCAAUUUACGACCCUCCAUCAAGUCUAUUACCUCCUAUAGCAAUGGCUUGCAUUCAAGGAAAGUUCCUGAAGAUGAUCCCCGGUUAGCUGCCACUAAAGAUAUUAUUGCAAGAGUACAAAAGAGGAACAACUGGGUUCAUGGAGCCCAAACUGAGAUACCAAAGGAAGAUGGUCAAGAGCAAGAAUAUGGAGAUAACGUACAACACAGCGGUGAAGUAGAUGUACCCACUGAGCAAGAUCAUAUUGCUGUCGAUGGUGAUGCUGAAGAGCAAAGCAGGGAGCAUGUAGCUGCCGCAACUUAGCCUUGACAACCCAUCCCUUGUUCCAGCCACCAACAUAGUUUUGACGGUUAGGCCAGGAUAUUACCCCACAAUUUGAGAGCACAUACGAGGAAAGCUAAGGCGAUAAAAAAAGAUUUCCUACGGUCAGAGUUGAGGAUCGUGAGUUCUAUGAGAGCGGGUGUCUCCUACAGGUUGGUUAGGUCAUAAUCCAUUACUCAAUUCUUUGGUUUAAAUUUAAAGCAAGCACCAGUUGCUUCUCUAAAUUUGAUAUUAGUGAAAUAGUUGAAGUCAUGGAAGGUAGUUCGAAGUGGUUUUACAUUACGGUUACAGGAAGCUCAUUGUUAGACGCUGUGGUGAAUCAGCUUGACGCCACACAGUGGUAAUCAUUUGUUGUCUCUUGAUUAGAACACUGCUGAGGGAAUUCGUUUGGUGGUUGACGGUAAGUGAUCUUUCAAUCCUGAUACAGAGCGUAAUUAUCACUUUGAGGGGUUUAACUUUGAGAAUCAAAUUUUGUUGCAAUUCGUUAAAUCGUUUGACAGUUUGCUUAAUUUUAUUCCUCAGGCUUUGCUA